AACUGGGUUGGGUGCUGCGAUAGUGUGUGCAGUACUGCCGAGAGAAUUCGACGAGAAGAGAUUCUCUAAGGAUUUGUACUACACUCCGUCUGCAUAUACUUUUAUUUAUCUUUCACACGAUUUCCACGGCGACUUGGACGUUCUGCUUCCAGGGGAGGUGACGCAUAAUGAGCGGACCAACUUUUGAGAAGAAGAUCACCAGCAUUUUAACAGAUCUUCCAGGUUCUAUGAGCUGCCAUCCAGCAUCCAAAGAUUCUCCAACGCUGCCCGAGUCCUCGGCGACAGACAUGGGUUACUACAAUGGACAGACAACACACGGCCAACACGAAUAUUACCAGACUCAGUCGUAUUCGCAGCCUAUGAACCCAUACUCCUAUCACCAAUUCAAUUUAAACGGAAUGGGGGGUGCAGGAGCGUAUCCCACCAAAUCCGAAUACCCUUACUCGAAUUCCUACCGGCAAUACGGACACUAUAACAGGGAGCUGCAGUCACCGCCACAGGAUAUAGUCAAAGAAGAACCUGAGCCCGAGGUCCGAAUGGUCAACGGAAAACCGAAAAAGAUCCGCAAACCUCGCACCAUUUACUCCAGCUACCAACUUGCGGCUCUCCAACGAAGGUUUCAAAAGGCGCAGUACCUCGCGCUACCCGAGAGAGCGGAACUCGCGGCUCAGCUUGGACUGACGCAGACGCAGGUGAAAAUCUGGUUUCAGAAUCGGCGGUCCAAGUUCAAGAAGCUUUACAAAAACGGAGAGGUUCCGCUCGAGCACAGCCCCAAUGCCAGUGACUCUAUGGCCUGUAACUCGCCACCAUCGCCGGCUGUUUGGGACAGUAACUCUCACACCAACCCUACCAGCAGGGCGCCGCUUCCGCAGCCUCCGCUCAGCUCAUCGCCCUCUUAUAUGGAAGAUUACAGCAAUCAUUGGUAUCAGCAAGGAUCGCAUUUACAGCACCCGGGCUCUGUACAUCAUACGCCACCGCCGCAGAGCGUUGGUGCCGUGUAUUAAUAUGGACUGGUGUGUUAUCUGAAAAGUGAAAGACUUUUAAAUGCAACUGAGUUUAUCAAUACACGUAGUCCAAAAAUAAGCUGACAUCGGGGGUACCCAUAGUGCAAGAGUUUAUUAUUAUUAUUAUUAUUAUUAUUAUUAUUAUUAUGUGCCCUUACUUUUAAUUGAACGCUUGAAAAUCAAAUGUCAGGUAAACCCAUCACUGUAUUAUUUAACAAUCUAAACAUCGAUCUGUAUUCAAGAGCACAUAACAUGUGUAUAUUCAAUUCACUUUCUCACUUGUAACAUUUUAAAAAGGUAUGGAGUGGGUUUUAAAUUAUUAAUGAUGUUUUAUGUUUCGCUGUUUAUUUUUUUCCUUCUAAAGAAGGCGCAUUUUGUUUAAACCCAAACAAUAAAUUUGACCUACAUUUUAGCCGUAAAUGUACAUUAGAUUCAUGACAUGCUUUAAAGACUCAGGUUGUUAUUUAUAUAUUUUGUACAAUAAAAUGUCUAAAACUGUACAUAGGUCUUUGUUUAUAUACAUAUAUAAAAAUAGAACCACUAAACCAUAUUUCAGUUUGAAAUACAAGACCGCACUGUGGUGCCGAAAAUUUUAAAAAGUCAUUUAAUUAUUACAUGUAACUAUUGUUAUUGUUAUUGUUAUUCUAUGAGAUUAAAUAAAAUGAUUUAGAAUUGAA